CCCAAUUUAGCCCAUUUUCAGUCAACUUGCAUCCAAUCCAGGUGGGCGCCCGUAACUUUAUAAACCAUGGGUGGUGUCUGGACCGGCUUAGAGGUUGCUUUCUACCUCUACCCGUGUGGUCUGUUCGCCACUUUGGCCGUGUCGCAGCUGGUUCUCUACAAGCGUCGCAAUGAUCCAAGCUCAAGUUCGACGCCCGUCGUCGACGAGAAGCGCCUAGAGAAGGUGAACCGCCUGCACAACAUACUCCUUCGUGUUGUGCAAUUUCUACUGGUUCCACUGCUCCUCACCAGUGUUAUACUCGCCACGCGCAGUGCAGUCACUCAGGAGGAGGCUUAUCCCCCCACCAAUUUCCCUUAUACUGCAUAUAUAGCUGCUCAUGUCGGCUCACUGCUCUACUUCCUCACCGGUUUGUUACCCGAUCCUGAUGGGCCAUGGACUCCCACUAUCGCUCACGGCCUUGCCUGGGUUGUUGGCGUUCUCAUGGAGAGCGUCAUCGCUGGUGUCUUCUUGUCUGAGCAAGACCACAUCGGUCUAGCACACGAUUUGCUGGACACCUUUGCUGGUCUAGGAUUAGUGCGAGUCGUGCUCCUGCUCAUCUUGAUUGCCGUUCUGGCUUCUCGUCAUUACCAGCUCAAACCAAAGCGCACUGGCUCGUCCGAUGAGCAUCAAUCACUCUUGGAGAAUGGCGAAAGCACCAGCGGCUACGGAAGCACCCCUGCCAACGGCGCCAAACGACCCCCUAAGAAACCCGAUGCCCAGAGCACUGGGUGGCUAGACUACAUUGCUGGCUUCCGGGUUCUCUUUCCAUAUCUUUGGCCCAAAGACUCACGCCUUCAUCAAGCCGUGGUCGUUCUAUGUAUGAUCCUACUGCUUGUACAGCGCGUUGUCAACAUCCUUGUUCCCUGGUUAAUGGGUAAGCUUGUCGAGAAGCUAGGCUAUGGUCAAAUGCCAUACAAGUGGAUUGCACUCUAUCUGCUCUGCCGUGGACUUCAGGGUGGCCAGGGUGCUAUCGGCGCAGCUAGAGCUGUGCUGUGGAUCCCCGUGUCGCAGAAUCUCUAUCGGCGUCUCGCUUGUGCCGCCUUCGAGCACGUACUGGGACUGUCCAUGGACUUUCAUCUGAGCAAGAAGAUCGGCGAGGUCACCAGUGCCCUGAGCCGUGGCAGUGCCAUGAACACAUUUCUGGAGAGCUUUCUGUUCCAGGUCGUUCCUAUGAUACUUGAUAUCCUGUUUGCUGCCAUCUACUUUUUCACCGCAUACAAUGCGUUCUACACCCUCAUUGUGCUCACCAUCAUGUGGUCUUAUGUCUUCCUUACCAUUUACAUGGCGAAAUUCCGAGCCAGGCAGAGAAGGGACAUGGCGAUGAAGAGCCGAGAAAUGGAUGCUGCAAGGACGGAUGCGAUUAUGGCAUACGAGACGGUCCAGCACAAUUGUGCAGUCAAGUCCGAAACUGAGCGCUUCAAAGAGCAAGUCACGGUUUAUCAGAGAGCGGAAAGAAUUGUCUAUUGGUCUUUGAACGCCAUGAACCUGACACAAAGCUCCAUUUUUACUGUCGGCACGGCACUUAUUGUUGUCCUUUCGGCAUACAAGAUCUCAACUGGUCAGGAGUCGAUCGCAAGUUUUGUCACAUUGAUGACGUAUUUCUCUCAGUUGCAGGCUCCCCUGAACUUUUUUGGAACGUAUUACACGAUGCUCCAGAAUAAUCUCAUUGAAGCGGAGCGCAUGCUCGAUCUUUUCAAAGAGACAUCCGGGAUUGUCGAGAAACCAGAUGCUACUGAGCUUCGGUCAACUCGAGGAGAGGUGACAUUCAACGACGUGCACUUCUCCUACCAAGGCAAGCAGCCGGCUAUCGACGGCGUCAGCUUUACUGUUCAACCCGGGACCAAGACCGCCAUUGUUGGUGAAUCGGGGUCUGGCAAGAGCACGUGUCUCAAGCUUCUCUUCCGCUUCUACGAUGUCGCCAGCGGCUCUGUCACAGUCGACGGCCACGAUAUUCGGGAUCUCAAGCUCGACAGCUUCCGCAAGAGCAUCGGCGUGGUUCCGCAGGACACAGUCUUGUUCAACGCUACCAUCAUGUUCAACCUGCUUUACGCCAAUCCUUCGGCGUCGGAAGAAGACGUAUUUGCUGCCGCCAGAGCUGCAAAUAUUCACGACCGCAUUUUGGCAUUCCCGGAUCAGUAUGACACCAAAGUUGGCGAGAGAGGACUGAAGCUAUCCGGUGGUGAACGUCAAAGAAUCGCCAUUGCGAGAGCCAUCCUCAAGAACGCGCCCAUCCUGCUAUUGGACGAGGCCACAGCGUCGCUCGAUACCCAUACCGAGCGACAGAUCCAGGACGCUCUGGAGAGGGUCACCCAGGGCAGGACAACGAUUACCAUCGCCCAUCGCUUGUCGACCAUCACGAAUUCUGACCAGAUCGUCGUCCUGUCCAAGGGCAGAGUCGUCGAGAAGGGCACCCAUGCUGGUCUUCUGGAGAAGAAGGGCAGUUACUACGCCAUGUGGGAGAAGCAGACGACGGCGGAGCUCAAGGCCAAGAAGGAGGCUGAAGCUAAGGUGGAGGAUCUGAAUGAGGAAUAGUCCAGGUGGUGCGUUUUUCAAAUGGGCUUACCAAAUUUUUUCCUUUCAUUUAGGUAACAUGAACCAAAAGUCAUUGGCAUAGACAAUGCUACCUGGUAUCAUAACCUCUGUCGACUCUGUGUUGCUCAACAGCGUCAACACAUGUUUGGGCAUUGUGUGUAAAAUCCACGAUGCUUGCGAGUGUUAAUAUGCGAUUGUAUUCAUUGAAAUGUUAAACUGAAGACUGUGGAAUUCAUGGGUCCGAGAAGCUCCUGGAUAAAGGAUUGUCUUUGUUAACACAAAAAGAUGCCCUCUAACCUUGAUAGUAGUGAAGAUUCUAAUUAGCAUCGAGUCCCACUUAUGUGGUUAGUUCAAUUCUGCAGUAUGGGUUCAUUCUCAUGCCUAUUCAACGAUGUGCUGAAACCAAG